AGGUGAUACCGUGAGUGUAUCGGUGGAGAUGGAUAGAGACAACGACCAGAACGGGAUGGCACCCCCGGUCAUAGCACCGCUAUUCCCGCAGAAGAGGAAGGAGGAGGGCUGGUGGCUGGUCAUCGGGGAUAGUGCAACCAACUCGUUGUUCUCGAUUAAGAGGCUGACGGUGCAUCAGAAGGCGAAGAUGACGUUGGACUUUACGGCGCAGAAC